AUGCCUCGCACCCACACACCCACGCCCACACACACUACAUACACGGUAAAUCGCCUCUGGGCCCUGGGCCUCGUACCGUAUGUGGUCACACCGUUGCUAGGCAAGCUCUUCGUCUGA